UUCUCUAUAAAGCUGAAAACUUUUCAUAUACUGAGACGCCACCCAUUCCCUCUGGUCUAGUCCUGAAGCUCUUCUUCCGGUUCCGGUUGUUUCUCCUUAUUUUUCCGAGACUCGAGUAAGGGGUUGAUUGAAGCAGAGAUGGUGGCUGAGAACGGAGUGAAAGACGAGCCUCAGGCUGAUUCUCCUACCUCUGUUCUUGAAGAUGAGGAUGCUUGCAAGGAGAAAAAUUGUGUCAAGAUGGAGGGAGAACUAUUGCUUGAUGCUAAGUAUGGAGAUUCUUCUCUCAUAACAGAAACUAUGGCUGCAGAGGAAGAGAAGCUUCUAGAACAGCGGGCAAAAGCAAAUUCAAAUGAACCUGAUGAGGUUCCUGUAUUGAAUGACAUCCAGUUUACCAAACUGGAUGAGCUUCUGACUCAGACUCAACUUUAUACAGAGUUUUUGCUGGAAAACAUGGAUGACAUAUCAAAGAAAGGAUUGGAGGGUGAUGAACAGACUACCAAAGAAAAGAAGAAAGGUCGUGGUUCAAAGAGAAAGGCAGCCUCAAAUUACAACAAUAGUAAGGCGAAAAGAGCUGUUGCAGCCAUGCUCACAAGAUCUAAAGAAGGUGUCUCUUUAGAGGAUUCAAACCUUACAGAGAAAGAGAGAAAUGAGAAAGAGCAGGCUGAACUGGUGCCGUUGUUGACCGGUGGAAAGCUGAAGCCUUAUCAGCUUAAAGGUGUUAAGUGGUUGAUUUCAUUGUGGCAAAAUGGGCUGAAUGGAAUACUUGCAGAUCAAAUGGGUCUUGGAAAGACUAUACAAACUAUUGCAUUUCUUGCGCACUUGAAAGGAAAUGGUUUGGAUGGACCAUAUUUAAUUAUUGCUCCUCUUUCCACUCUCUCAAACUGGCUGAAUGAGAUAAACCGGUUUGCACCCUCACUAAAUGCAAUCAUAUACCAUGGUUAUUGGAAAGAAAGGGAUGAAAUAAGGAGAAAAUACAUGCCAAACACAAUAGGUCCUAAAUUCCCGAUUGUAGUUACCUCCUAUGAAGUUGCAAUGAGGGAUGCACGAAAGCACUUGAGACACUAUCACUGGAAAUAUAUGGUGGUUGAUGAGGGGCACAGGUUGAAGAACUCACAAUGCAAAUUAGUUAAAGAACUUAAGCUGUUGCGUGUUGAAAACAGGCUUUUAUUAACUGGGACACCUCUGCAGAACAACUUGACAGAACUCUGGUCGUUGUUGAAUUUUAUUCUGCCGGACAUAUUCAAUUCGGAUCAAGAAUUUGAAUCAUGGUUUGAUCUUUCUGGAAAGGGCAGCAAUGAGGCUUUAAGGGAAGAAUUGGAAGAGAAGAGAAGAACUCAGGUGGUGGCAAAACUCCAUUCGAUCUUACGUCCCUUUCUGCUGCGGAGGUUGAAAUCAGAUGUGGAACAAAUGCUCCCUCGGAAAAAAGAAAUAAUCUUAUAUGCUACCAUGACUGAUCAUCAAAAGAAUUUCACAGAUCAUCUAUUGAAUAAGACACUAGAAGAUUAUCUACGGGAGAAGGCAGCCUCUGGACGUGGCAUGAAAGGGAGACUUAAUAAUUUGAUGAUUCAGCUUCGGAAGAAUUGCAACCACCCUGACCUAUUGGAGUCUGCCUUUGAUGGUUCUUAUUUCUUCCCACCGGUAGACCAGAUAGUUGAGCAGUGUGGAAAGUUUCGUUUGUUGGACAGAUUAGUGGGAAAGCUAUUUGCUCGUCAGCACAAAGUUCUGAUCUUUUCUCAAUGGACCAAGAUUUUGGACAUAAUUGAUUAUUAUUUUGCUGAAAAAGGUUUUGAAGUUUGCAGAAUUGAUGGCGGAGUGAAAUUGGAAGAAAGGAGAAGGCAGAUACAGGAGUUCAAUGAUGUGAACAGUAAAUACAGAAUCUUUCUUCUUUCCACCCGAGCUGGUGGGCUGGGCAUCAAUCUUACUGCUGCUGAUACCUGCAUUUUAUAUGACAGUGAUUGGAAUCCUCAAAUGGAUUUACAGGCAAUGGAUCGAUGUCACAGAAUUGGUCAAACAAAGCCUGUUCAUGUUUACAGGCUAGCGACUGCCCAAUCGGUGGAGGGUCUUAUGCUGAAAAGAGCAUUCAGUAAAUUAAAGCUCGAACACGUGGUAAUUGGUAAAGGGCAGUUUAAGCAAGAAAGAACCAAGCCCAAUUCAAUGGAGGCAGUUGAGGAAGAGGAUCUGCUGGCGCUUCUCCGAGAUGAAGGAACUGCCGAGGAGAAAUGGAUCCAGACGGAUAUUAGUGAAGAUGAUCUAGAAAGGGUUUUAGAUAGGAGUGAUCUUGUUGCUGUUUCUUCAGAGCAAGAUGGAAAGACUGGCUCAGAUUCAACUGUGCUUCCCCUUAAAGGGCCUGGCUGGGAGGUGGUGAUCCCGACUGCACCAGGCGGAGUGCUUUCCACCCUUAACAGCUGAUGAAGGCUUAUUUUGGUGCUUGUGUUAGUUGGGCUGUUCUUUUGAGUGCUGGGAGGAGAGGUCUCUCUUUUUGGGGUUUUACAUAUUUUAGCUUUUCGUUUUCGGGGAUGAAUAUAUUUUGCUCUCAUUGAGCUAGAGAAUGCUAAGCAUCUAGUUUUCUCUCAUUUUUUGCAAAUAUCCCCAGAGAACAUUCUCUUAAAUGGUGGUUAGACUCCUACAGAUUACUGUAAAUGUGUCGUGAUUCGUGAAGCAAGUUGCAGGGAACAGCAAUUGGAAUUGCAUGGUCAAUUGUCUGCUGUAAAAACUGUAUUAAAUGCGCCAUUUGAUAUUGGUGUUUCUGGCGAUUGUCUUCCGUAAGACUUUUUUCUCUUCCGUUCA